AUGGUCGAGACGCGACGAUUGACACCCAACAACGAUCUGAUCAAUGCCAAGUUUGAAGGGUACAAACUCGUACCAUUCUCAGAGGAGCAGUGUUUACGACGUACACGUCUACCGGACGAAGGUCUCACGAUCGGCAAGAUUGGCGAGAAUCAUCGCAUGGGAUUUCGAGAACUGCAAGCACGUAUCCGAUUCAGUCAUUUGGCAGCAGGGUAUCCAUUGAAUGCAACGGUUGGCACGGCUUUCUAUGUGGAUAAUGAAUACAACGUGAUGCGUGUAUUGUACGACUCGGUAUCACGAGAAACUCAAUUGCAGCAAGUGGCAACGUUGAUACGGCCAUUGGGAGGCGUACCCAAUUAUGCAGAGCCGCCUAGCAAUGUUCCUACCGAGCCACAAUAUCCAUCAUUACUCGCAUUGAACAAUGAUCUACUCCUGGCAACCAAUGGUGCUGGUGAUAUUGAAGUCAUCAAUUUGGAAAGAGGACAAGUCGUGAUGUCUACACGAUAUGAAGGAGAUGGUAGCGAAGGAGUAUCACCCGUCCCAUGCGUACUAUUGACGGCGCAACUUAUCAAUGACACUUUGAUUCGAUUGGUGGUUCAAAGCCGUGCAGCCACACGCAAGACCGAAUUCAACAUUGCUACACUCGACUUAUCUUUAUCGAAUGACCAAUUGACAUUGCUUCAUAUGCUACGUGGAUCAGAGGUGCCUGUUUAUUGUCAAUUGACACCAACAACCCACAACACCAAAAGUCGACUUAUUCUCGGCAGCGAGACAUCCUAUGACACGGUGCAUCCUGCUAUGAACGAUGAUGUACAACCCGAAGAUGAAACCGUAGAGCAAGAGCGGCCAUUGACACGUGCACAGCCACCUACACCACCACCUUAUCAAUGGACACAAGAAGGAGAAGAGAUGACUAUUCAAUUUGCGCUCCCUUCAGGAACACCCAAAUCAGCAGUGAGCUGUCAAUUUGCACCAGGCCAUUUGAGCUUAAUUGUGCGAGCACAAGAUGUCGACAUUUCAUAUCCAUUCCGGAAGUUGUGGAGUACAAUAAGAGCGGAUGAUUGCACGUGGACCAUUGAUAGCAACAGUGGGGUUCUUUCACUAUUUCUGGUCAAGCAUGACGAACAUACGCGAUGGCCACACGUGUUUGAUCAAGACGACGGCGUGCUUGAAACGAUGGAUGCUGCUAAAUUGGAUGAGAUUAUGCGUCGCCUCGACAAGUUUACUGAUGGCAAUACACCUUUUGUGCAAGCUAUGCAACAUCCCGUGGCUCAGGAUAUCGAUGAAGACAUUGAUGAAUCGGGACAACCAGUGUAUUUCAGUGUUUACGAUAAUGCAACAGGACGCCUUGUUCAACAUAUCCAAUCCAGUGGGCGCGAAUGGCUUUGUGAAUCUUUUAAUGCACCUCAGCUUGAACAUCAGCAAAGACUUGCAUCGGUUUGCGUGAAAUCAGAUGUGGAUGGGCAGGUUUAUGCAUUCAACGACGAAGGCAGCAUCAUCGCCCCAGAGCACGUUGCGAUAUUUGAUGCAUUUGCAUUUGUCCAUGCAUCCAAGCGUGAUAGCCGUUUUGUCCAGCACGAUCCUGAUUUGCGAUUUGUCACCAUUGUUGAGAGCAAUCGUAACGCCUACAUUUACUACCGCCAUGGCGACAAGCGGGAUGUCGAAUCACAAACACUCAUUGAUGUCACACAAGGGCACGAUGUCGAUAUCCUCGGCGCACAACUUAUUAAUGAUCGGGUGCUGAUGUUGCUCACCGAGACCGAGCUUGUGGCAGUGCAUAUCUAA